AUGGGAGAGGUUGAAGCACUUGCCAUUGUGUUGGACCUUGAAUGCCUCCAAAGCUUGAAAUGCCUACAAAUGUAUUUCAGGCAAGCAUAUUGGCAAAUGACCAACUCCCUCAUUUUCCUCACCCCGCUGCCAAACCAGCUCCACCUCGGGAUCCUCCCCGCCGUCACCUGCGCAGCCACUUCUCUCCUCGUUUUCAGCCACCACCCGGUUCACACCCCAGACUCCAGAUCCAUCCAUCCGAACCGUUGGAUCGAAAUCCAACGUCUAAGAGGUGCCCCUGUAGCUCCCGCAGCCACAGCUUCCUUGAUCCAAUCCGGAUCAGGAGAGGAGCACCCGUCCCGCUCCUCGUCGCCUCGUCGCCCCGUCGCCGCCUCCCUCUGCAGUAAACCAGGCCGCGACCAUGCCUCCUCCUCGUCAAAUCCCCGUCGCCCAAGUGCCCGAGGAGAGGAGCUCCUCCAGCAGCCGUCUUCGCCCGCAGCCGUCGUCCUCCGUGCCCAGCAAUUGCAGCCCCGCCGCCGGCUGACCGAACCAGCACCCCGCGCCAAGUUCGUCUUCUUGCUGCGCCGCCGCCCGGAGCUUUCUUCGCCGGAGGCCUUCGCCUCGUCCGCGGCGCCCGAGCACCGCCUGGAGCCGCGACUCCCGUCGGACCUCCUCACUGCCCGAGGCUGCUGCCUCCCCGUCGUCUUCCUCGAGCAGGAGCUCACGCCCGAGCUCCAUCGCCACCCGUUGCCCCUCGCCGGAGCAACACCAGCAGGACCCCGCGGUCUCCUCUGUCCUCUCCUCGAGCCGGCCGCAAGCAGCACCAUCACCAGAAGCACCACGCCAUGGCUGCGCCCCACCGAAGCCUGGAGCUCCAAGUCCGCCAGCCCACCUCCGCUUCGAUCCGGCAGGGAACGGGACCCCGACGACCUCCUGCGACCGGAUCCGGCUCCUCCGACGCACCUUAGAGCAGCCACUGUGGCGCCGUUCCCCUCCGACCCCGUGCAGAUCCGAAGCCCUAGCACCGGGGCCCGCUAUCUCCGUCGCUCUCUGGCCUCCCUGCCUGCAAGCGCCGCCAUCCCCUCGUCGUCAGCUACAGGAGCAGCGCGGCCUCUCCUUCUGUUCGAGCAAGGGAUACGAGCGCGUGCCUGCAUCCUCUGCAUCGCGGUGCUGCGCCUCUGCGUGCCCGUUGACUCCGCCCGAGCCGCUGCCUCACUUGCCGCGGCCCAGGAUCCAGUAACCGGCCCAGCCUCCCGAAGCCCAGCCGCUUCAUCGCUUCCAGCCCAGUGGCCCGAUUUGCAGGUGCCGAUGAUACCAGUGCAGGUGACGCAACCGAGCUCAAGUGGGGGCCCGAUGAAGAUCUUGUUCGUUGUGUUGUUUCUGUUCUUGUUGUUCAGUAGUGGAGCCCAGUUGGGAUGA